GGGAGAAGAAGACGGAGCAGCUGAUCCAGCUGAGCGUUUUGUUCGUCCUCCAGAGGUAAUCCGUCGUUCCUCACCAGUCUCGUCUAAACUGUCACCUGUUCAGGUGAAACCUGCUGAAAAUGAGGGUUUUGAUGGUGUUUGACUUCGACCACACGCUGGUGGACGACAACAGCGACACCUGGGUCAUCAAGUGCCUCCCCGGCGAGACCCUCCCCGACUCUGUGAGGCUCUCGUACAGAAAGGGCCACUGGACGGAGUUCAUGGGCCGCGUGAUGAGCCACAUCGGAGAGCAGCGGGUCAGCGCCGAGCAGAUCCGCGUCGUCAUGGAAACCAUCCCCUUCACGGCCGGCAUGCCGGAGCUGCUGAGCUUCAUCGCCCAGAACAAGAACGCCGUCGACUGCAUCGUCGUCUCCGACUCCAACUCUGUCUUCAUCCACUGGAUCCUGGCGGCGGCCGGGCUGGGGUCCGCCGUGGACCAGGUGUUCACCAACCCGGCGGAGUUCGGGCCCUCGGGGGCCCUGGAGGUUCGGCCCCACCACGACCACGCCUGCCCCUCCUGCCCCGUCAACCUGUGCAAGCGGGCGGUUCUGGAGGAGUUCUUGGCCCGUCGGGCCGCCGCCGGCACCGGCUACGGGCGGGUGCUGUACGUGGGCGACGGCGGGAACGACCUCUGCCCCACGGCGGCCCUGCGGGGCCACGACGUGGCCCUGCCGCGCCGCGGCUACUCCCUGGAGAAGCUGCUGGCCCGGCAGGAGGUCCAGGACCAGCAGGACCAGCAGAACAAGCAGGGGGCCCAGGACGGCGCCCCCCUCAGGGCCAGGGUGGUGCCCUGGAGCAGCGGCGCCGAGGUCCUGCAGGAGCUGAAAGACGCCAUGACGGCAUUGUAGCCGAUCGGAGGGUUUUUUUGGCUGAAAAGGGACCAAAUGUUGUUUCUGCAGAACCAUCUAGGCACUGUGUGUUGGGACGCCGACUUAAUACGAUAUACGGAGAGAAAAUCCUCUCAAAACAUUUGUGUGCAGAAGUUGCUCAAAGUUACUGACAAAACAAUAAUUAGGAAUUCAAAAGGCCUCCUAAACACACAAAUAAUUAAAUACACGUGCAGGGUCACACACAAUCAAAUGGUUUUGAGACUCUUUUCCUCCAAGAAGUCUCACAGAUUCGUCCUAAAUGGUGCGUUUAAGGACUGGUGGAAAGCUGGGUCAUCUGAGUUAUUUCCCUGAUACUUGGUUACCUCCCAUUAUGGAACAUUCACACUGGAAGCUGCUGCUGUCGACGCCUGCAGUGGGCGGGGCUAAAGCUGCAGAACUGGAGGGAACAAAGUGCAUAUAGUCUACAUAUAUCUAUAUAUAGCUGCACAUCUUCAGUUUCCUUCUUUGGGAAGCCUUCUUUAUAUUUUAGUGUUAUUUCCGUGUAGAUAAGAGUGAGUUUGAUGCUCCUUAACCAGGUCGGUCCUGGAUCAACAUCAACCAUCAUCGUUGGUCCUGGUGAAGCUGCAGUCUGUCUGUGGUGAACACUGACACACCGGGUCGGAGCGGACUUGGUCAUAAUGUUUAAACUGUGUUUUGUGAUUAAUAAGCACAGGUUUUAAUUAUUUUGCGUUGGAUCAAUGUAGCAAAUUAAAUCGUUUGGACCAUCCAGCUCCUCAACCAUCAGUUACGUGUUUCACAUGAGCAGUUCAGGUAGAAACAUUUAGUUCAGGUUAAAACAUUUAGUUCAGGUAGAAACAUUUAGUUCAGGUAGAAACAUUUAGUUCAGGUUAAAACAUUUAGUUCAGGUAGAAAAAUUUAGUUCAGGUAGAAACAUUUAGUUCAGGAAAAAACAUUUAGUUCAGGAAAAAACAUUUAGUUCAGGUAGAAACAUUUAGUUCAGGAAAAAACAUUUAGUUCAGGUAGAAAAAUUUAGUUCAGGUAGAAACAUUUAGUUCAGGAAAAAACAUUUAGUUCAGGUAAAAACAUUUAGUUCAGGUAGAAACAUUUAGUUCAGGUAGAAACAUUUAGUUCAGGAAAAAACGCAAGUCAAAUUAGCAAAAAUGUCAGUUUGCUGGAUGAAAUAUAUUAAUUCCUGAUAAAAUAAGUGUGUUAGUGCACAGCUCUGCUCAUGUGUGCAUGUGAAUGAGUGAACGUUUGUGUCGUUGCUUCAGAUGUCCCAGCUUUCCACCAGUCCUUAAACGCACCAUGUAGGAAGAAUCUGUGAGGCUUUUUGGAGGAAAAGAGUCUCAAAACCAUUUCUACGUAUCUGCAGCUUUGUGGGAUUGGUGUGUAUUUAACCAUUUGUGUGUAGGAGGCUUUUUUAAUUCAUAAUUAUAGUUUUGUGUGUAACUUCCAGCAAGUUACCGUAUUUUCUAGGGGUGUAACGAUACACUAAUCUCACGAUACGGUACGAUACACGAUAUUGAGGUCACGAUAACGAUACGAUACGAUAUUAUAGCAGUAUUUUUUAACAACCUUGAUAGAGGGAUAUAUGACUGGAAAAAUUGUCUUUUAUUUGAAAGACACAAAAUACAAAACAAUGCUGUGCGUUUGCCUUAUUGUUACAGUUUGUAAUGCUUUCUAACUGUUUAAGUUUUAAAGAGAAAGCCAGGCCAACCAUUUUCCACAAACUGAACUAAAAGUAAAUGUCAGGUUUGCAUUAUGUAUCUUCAGUUUCAUAGAAGUAAAAAUAUUUAGCCACAAACUGAAUAGUUUCUCUCAUGUAUGAUUUUACUAAAAUUGAAUAAAUAAAUACAAGUAAAUAAAUACAUACAAUUUUACAUCAUAAAAAAGAUUGAUUCUUGCUCACCUUAUAAGUGUAAGAGGAUAUUUAUUUUUGUUAAGAAGGUUAUUUUGGUAAUUCAGGGUUCAUUAUUUUAUAAAUAUAUUCUUUAUAUUCUGUAAAUCAGGGACUAUAAUUACACUAGUCAGUAUAUCAGUUGUUAGUAUGUUUUAGAUUGGGCGGAGUGAUACGCCACAGUACGGCACUAGGUGCUGUGUUGAUGUUCUAAAAUCCUACGCUGUUGAGCGGACAUUGAAGUACACUGGAACUCAGCAGAAGUUUCCCCGUGUUUAUCCUACUCACGACCCCAAAAAGGUUUAAUUUAAUAAGGUAAGGCUUAACUCUACACCAGACUUAAAUAAGUAAAGGUUCAGAGCUCAAAACAGGACCGCAAAACGGGACUACUUUCUUCUGAGCGGAGUAAGAUUUUGGUCCGCGCGGUCGCGGUCGGAUGCGCGUUUCUAAUCAACACAAUAGAUUAAUAUUAAUAACCCAAUAUCGCGAUACAGGUUGUCACCUCCACGACACGUAUUGUGACGUUUUUGUAUCGCGAAAUUUCGUGGCACGAUAUAUUGUUACGCCCCUAGUAUUUUCUGCACUAUAAGGCGCACUAAAUAUAUGUUAAAAUACCGUACUAUAGUGGCUGGGGUUGAGUUACGUAUCUACCCUAUGGAGCUGCUACAGGAAAUGCUACAAAAUCCUACAGCAAAUGCAAAAAAAAACAAGAAUAAAAAGUAACGUAUGUCAAACUUUAUUAACAAAAUAAAAACCAGCUCUGUGACGAUUCCUGACGUUUUUAGCACCUUUACUUCAGCAAAACCAACUACAUUACCCACAAUCCCCCUGACUACAGUAACAGAAAUGACCGUAAUGAUCAUAUAUAAGGCGCACUGCCGUUUUUUUAGAAAAUUAAAGGCUUACAGGUGCGCCUUAUAGUGUGGAAAAUACGGUACUCACAAAUCUAAUAAUUGGCACACACAAAUGUUUUGAGUGUUUGUGGUUCUACGGCCCGAACGACCGACCCCUGGGAAAACAUCCAUCAGAACCAGGCUGAGGUUCCUCCCACUCCGAUGUCUCCGGUCCGUUAAAGCUGCUCCUCUGACGUCUUCAUCCCUCCACGGACCAGAAACGCUGUUUAAACCACGUCGUUUGAAGGCGUAAACCCUGGAGAAGCGUCUACUUCUGCUCCAGGGCCGAGUGGAGACGGAGUAGUUCCAUCCGUCCAGCGAGCAAACGGACCAGAACAUCUGCACAUCUGCACUCAGUCAUUAGAUAAAAGAUAAAAUAGUUUCUGUACCUGAAACGUCCAGGAGUCCAGUUGAACAAAGACGAGCCCGACUUUCCGGUUCAUUUAAAGACAUUUGAAGAUUCUUGUGUUUUAAAGAAUGUUUGUACAAAUUAAAAGAUGUAUUUUCUGUUAAUGAGCAAUAAUGAAGAAACAUUAUUCUAAAAAGAUGAAUAUCAGA